CUCAAAGAAUAUAUUUAUUGGUAGACAAGCAAUGCAGCCACUUCUUUUUAACGAUUGCUGCAUUCUCUAUCCUCGAAACCAUCCACGUCGCUUUAGUUAGUAGCAACUGAUCCUCCAAACAACCCCAACUUGCAGUGGUCUCACAGCAUGCAUGAUUAUCUCUCUGCCAUUUCUUUUUAUCUGUUUUGGCAUGAUCUAUCCAACCUUUUCUCCUUCCCUCUCUAGCAUAAAAUACUUAAACUCUUCCCCUCUUUCCCUCUGUCCAUGGUUAGAAAGCAAGGAGGAGUGAUGUGGCCUAGAUUAGUGGCAAACAAGAUUCUGAGAAAGCAAUUGGGAAGCAACAACUUUGUAGCAGAUUUUCCAAGCAACGAUGUCUCGGAAGGAUUAGUGCUGGAAACACCAAGCGAUGAUCAACCGUCUUCAAACCCUACGUCCACCGUCUUCAAUCAGCAGAAGGACACUAGCACACACAAGUACAAGGUUUUUGUUAGUACAUGGAAUGUUGGUGGGGUGGAACCUCAAGAAGAUAUGAAUAUGGAGGAUUUGAUUGACACGUCCUGUGACAUCUAUGUUUUUGGGUUUCAAGAAAUCGUUCCUCUGAAAGCCUCCAAUGUUCUAGGAUCGGAGAAUAGUAAGAUCUGCAUGAAAUGGAAUUCCUUAAUCAGAGAAGCUUUAAACAAGAAUAGACACAACAAUAUUAAAGAUCCACACUUCUACUGUAUUGUAAGCAAGCAAAUGGUGGGGAUACUAGUAUCAAUUUGGAUUCGAAGCAAUCUGCGUCCAUUUAUUCGGAAUCCAAGUGUCUCCUGUGUUGGAUGUGGGAUCAUGGGAUGCCUAGGAAAUAAGGGUUCGGUUUCUGUUAGGUUUCGGUUACAUGAAACAAGCUUUUGCUUUGUGUGCACUCAUCUAGCUUCAGGGAGUAGAGAAGGAGAUGAGAAACUGAGAAAUUCUAACAUAUCCGAUAUAUUGUCAAGAACAAGUUUUCCUAGAGGCCCUUUGCUUGAUUUGCCCCGAAAGAUCCUAGAUUAUGAUCGAGUAAUUUUCCUCGGAGAUUUGAAUUAUAGAAUUUCCCUUCCAGAAGCAACAACGCGUUCGUUGGUGGAUACAAGAGAAUGGAAUACCUUACUAAAACAUGAUCAGCUGAUGAUGGAGCUCAAAGAGGGACAAGUACUCGAAGGUUGGAACGAAGGAGCUGUUGAAUUUGCUCCCACUUACAAAUAUUGUCCAAAUUCUGAUGUAUACUAUGGGUGUUGUCCGGGAAAGAAAGGUGAAAAGAAGCGUGCUCCUGCAUGGUGUGAUCGGAUAAUUUGGCGCAGAGAAGGAUUGAAGCAAUAUGUAUACAAUAGAGGUGAAUCAAAACUGUCUGAUCACAGACCUGUGAAUGCAAUAUUCACUGCCGAAGUUAGGCUUUCAAGAACAUUGAGAGGAUACCAUAGCUUUUUUUUAUCUGACAGGUUUGAGAGAAUAUCAAGCCAGUUUCAAAUAUCCUCCACCGAUAAUUUUCUCCGUAAAGGUAGAUCAACAAGCUUGAAACUUUGACCAUAAAAAUGUUACUCUAAUUAAGAAGCUUGUAAUAUUUAUAAAUAUAAAGUUUUGCUUACAUAACCCGGCUGAUGAAUGUACAGUGAAAGUUGGUUAAGAAGCAUCCUUUCUAUUUGGAUCGAAUAUUACAAAAAUUGAAGGUU